AUGCCGGUAUCUGGCAGCAACGGCACAGGCCCGGCUGUCGGUCAGGAUCGAGAACCCGCCGGCUCGGCGCCGACGAUCACACGAAAGAUUACCGCGUGUGUCGCGUGUCGCAAGCAAAAGAUCAAGUGUCAUAUGAAAGAUGCGCAACCGCCUUGCACUCGCUGCAAGAAGCGCGGACUACCGUGCACCGUCAAUCGCAGUCUGCAGAUGCUACUCGAAAAUGACAAUCUUUGGAAAGGCCAAAUGGAAAGGAGAAUUGACCGCAUAGAGGCUGUUCUUCGCAACGGCGCUUCUAGCAGCGCCGACUCGGCAGAAAUCCUGCGACUUCUCGAUGGCGAUCAGGACAGUGUAGCUGAUAUCACCACGGCCGCAGACAAGGCUGAUGACACGACAAUGAUCUCGGAGGAACCAGAGCAUUGCAGCACCCAGCUGGAGCCUCUGAAAGAGGCCAACCCCACUGGCAACAAUUGGAGUAUUGUUAUGGAUCUAGAGUCCAGCCCCGGCUCUCUUCCCGGGUUCUACAUCUCACAAGGAGAGGCGCAGCCGCGGCUUGCCAACUGCAGCGACAUUAUAUCGCGCGGCAUCAUCACACUCGAAGCCGCUCAGAGAUACUUUGACGCUUAUCAAACCAGGCUAGAUCACUUCCCCUACCGUAUCCUUGGCGACGUAGAAACGAGAACUCUCGAAAAUGUUCGCUCCUCCUCGCCACUACUCGUUGCCGCCGUGUCCACUGUCGGGGCACUGCAUCUAGCCUCUCCCAACUAUCAAUCGUGCUGCGCCGCCUUUCUCUCGCAGUGCGCCUCGCAGACAUUCUCCAAAGACGUCAACAUUGACGACAUUCGCGCACUCUGCAUCGGCGCAUUUUGGCUGGGCGAGGUUGCAUGGACCCUUGUUGGCACAGCUGUGCGCAUGGCAACCGAGUUGCAGCUGCACAAGAGCUUCUUCAAAGCGCUCCGAGGAGACAAAAAGGCAUAUCUCAAUGCUCGAUUAUACUAUCUCGUAUACAUUUGCGAUCAUCAUUUCAGCAUUCCGUUUGGACGCCCUCCGCUGACGCGACAGUGCGAGGCGAUCCGCAGCGUGAGGAAGUUUCUCGACUUUCCGCACACAACCGAAGAUGAUGCGCGGCUAGUCAGCCAUGUUUUGCGUUGGACUGUUUUAUCCGAAGCCGUGGAUUCCUUUGGUGUGGAUGUUAAUCAGCCGCUGGGCGACACGGAUCUACCUGCGCUACGGCGGUAUAACAUCGCCAUGGACACACUUCGCGCUGAAUGGAUGGAACGAUUUGCGCCGAACCCUCACAUUGGCAACUACCCGCGCAAAGGAGUCGUGCUGCAGUACCACUUCUCCAAGCUAUAUCUAUGCUCGCACGCUUUCCGUGGCAGUGCGACGCGGGCGACACGAAUGCAGACGCAAUCCGCCGAGGUCAUGAUGGAGCUGGACGAAAUUGCCAAUGCCGCCGUGCGGUCUGCCAUGUCAAUCCUGCGCUUGGUAAAUGCGGACGAAGAACUGCAGUCCUUCUUUGACGGCCUGCCCAUCUACUUUGGCACCAUGCUCGCCUUUUCGAUUGUGUUUCUCCUCAAAGUCUCUUCCAAGUACUCUAGCUUCAUCCAGGUCAAUAGCAGCGAGAUCCGGCCACUCAUAUCCGAGACGGUCACGGCGCUGGAAAAGGUCACGUCCAAGAUGCACAGGAGGCAUCUGCUCGUGAGCAUGACCAAGGGUAUGCGCGGGCUUGUGCAGAAGAUGAAGUCACAAGAGGCGCCUGGGCCACUUGCAGAGUCAGGCAUCGAUCCAGCCGAUCAACAGCCUGCGCUGCAGGAUCCUACGCUGAGCUUGGCGGCCGACGGAGAUGAUGUUAUGGGCAUGUUUGGGGAGCCGGCGAAUAAUUUUUUCAUGGGCACCUAUGACUUUUUGAUUGAUCAAGCAGACUUUUCGGAAUUUCUUUGA